UUCAACCUCUCUCACUCUCUCUCUCUCUUUCUCCUCUGUUUUUGUAUAUAUAAGUACAUCGGCCCAUAAAAUGCGAACGUAAUUACCAGUGAUUACCAUAGAAACGAGUGUUUCUUAGCCGCUGCGGGGCUUCGCCAUCAACGUUAUAAUAUUUACUGUAUCAUAUUGCAUGCGGAUACGUGCGAAACAUAAACCCUUCUUUCCUCCACUCUCUUAUUUAAUGCGGAAUAUAUUUUAAUAAUCAGAAUCCAGCGUUGCGAGGAAUUCCAUUAUUAUGAGGCAUGAUUCGAAUUGCCGAUAAAAUCAUACACACUCCGUUCUUAUCUUGAUCCCAAUGUACGACAUGCACAUAAAUAUAAAUCCCAAAAACUGGCCGCAUCUCACAAUUCGACCAUAGCAGAAACAAACAAACUGCUGCGAACGUGUAAACGAAAAUCAUGUCUAACCUCAAACUGGUAGUCCUUUUUGCCCUAAUCUUCACCGUCAGCGUACAAUCCAAGCCUUUAUCGUUACAAGAUGAAGUCCAAACGGCGCUGGAGAAGCUGCAGAAGGUCGUCGAGAUUACGAUCGAUCGAGACUCGAAGAAACUGUCGCGCAUCCAGCAGGAAUUCGACGUCGUGAUGGGAGGUAACGUGAAGAGCGCCUUCAAACUCAUGCAAGAUAUCGUCAGAGAGGUCAAUUCUCGUUUGAAUCACAUGGAAAUCACGGAAUGCAUUCAAAAUGUUAUUAAGUUCAUCAGUCGAAUCCCGAUUAUUCCAACCGGAGAUAUGUUCAUGUGCGUUGCUGAUGAAGAGAAACUAGUUAAUAAAUUGUACCAGGAGGGAUUGGUUGAAGUGAGGAGAGCUCAGGAUCAAGUGCAGAGCAUCGAAGAUCAAGUUAAACAAUGCGAUAAUUCCGAAUGCCUCAGCAAACUUUUGGAGGAAAUCCAGAAACAAACCAGUAAAUUACCGACUGACACCAAUGUUAAAACUAAUGCAUACGUUAAGAAGAUUGAAAAUACCCAAUCCAAUAUGAUCGUUUGCACUUCAAACACCGUCCGAUUGGUCGAAAUUCAAGUCUCGUCUGCUGAGCAUUCUGCUGACAAAUGCCAACAAUAA